UGUAUCAUUUUACGACGUAUCCGUGCGUACAACUUGGUGGAACUUUUUAAAUUUAUAGUGGAGGACCUCGACAGGUAUUUCCAGCGUAAACUACUAGCACUGGCUUUUGGUAAACCGCAGAAUUUGCACAUUGCUUCCAGAUGUUUUGGCAAAAAAGCAAGCACGGUCGAUUUGGCAACAAUUACACAAGACAGUGGCGAGCCAUUUAAAUUUUAUGUACCAAGUAGGAAAGAAAAAGGAACAAUUUACGUGGUUAACUCUUCAAUCGGAAUGUGUUCUUGUCCAGCAGGCGAAAAUGGAAACAGCUGUCCUCACCAAGCCGCAGUCGCGCUUAAGUACAGCAUCUCUAACAGCAACUUUAUACCGACAAACCAUAUUGAUAAAUAUAAGCUUGCAGUAUUGGCCAUUGGAGAGCAUCCAGACUUGUGUGCUGAAAAAUUUGCAGACAUCCACCAAAAGAAGUUUGACUGGACUAAAACAACGAUUACAGAACCUGUUGUUGUCAAUGAGAUUCCAAAGUAUGUGCCACUAAACGACGAACCCGAAAACGUUAAUGAUGAACACACUGCCAAGCCGGAGACAAGCUUAGAGGACGUUAUUAAACUCCACAAAGAGGUAUCCAGCGAUAUAGAAUUUUGGUUACGGAGUGGAAAUCCAAACUUUAUAAAAUGCUACAGUAAAUACCUUGAAACCUACAAAAAAAUUGUAAAUAAAGCAAGAGGACAAUCUCCAAUAAACAGUCUUUCUUCUGCUUAUGUAUCAUUUGGCAGAAAUACAAAUUGCAAAAUGUUACCAAUACUCCAUAACGCAAACAAAAGAAUUAGAGUACAACCAACUGCAAUAUCUCGUCGUCGAUCAGGAAUAAAAUCAUCACUCGCACAACCUGCAGGCCGUAAGCCAACCUUAAGAAAAAAAGACUAA